GUUAAGAAUGCAGGUAGUAUUGUGAUUCCAGCAACGACGCUAUGAGAAUCCUGAUACGAUGGAUGGCAAUAAUUGUACUGAUGACUGCAGUAUCAGCAGAUUCUAUUCCAUUCCGGAGUAAUCAACUGCCAGAUGAUGUGAGCAAGUGCAUAGGAAUCUGUCCUAAGAAGUAUCCACCUCACCUCAUAUUGACUCUGGAGCACCAGGAGUGUGGUAAAUACUGCAAAUGUAAUGAGGGAAUACCGUACGUAUAUUGGUGUCCGGAGGACUUCCACUUCAACAGAAUGUAUGGAACGUGCACAUGGCCAGAAGACGCUAAAUGCCCCAGAUGGAGACGUGAUCAUGAUGAAAGAGGAUGCGUUGGUAGAUGUCCCGAGGGAGAUCCAAUUUACGCCGUGCAUCUACCCCACCAAUACUGCAGUAAAUUCUGCAAAUGUAAUCACGGUGUUCCGCAUGUGCUGCCAUGUCCUCCAGGUCACCACUUCAAUCCCAAAGAGGAAGUCUGUGACCGGUAUUGGCACGCCAAUUGUCAAGGUAUCCAAGACUAAUAUCAUCUUUUCCGAAUAUCGUCAAAAAUUUUUCACUUUUCUUAUCCGACAUAUUGAUACUGUGAAAAUCGAUGUAUUUAAAUGCAGAUAUAUUUGUAAAUUAUUCGUAUCAUGAAUACCGAAUAAAGAGAUUAGAAGAACCUUA